GUAACGCGUUUCUGCUCUGCUCUUGUCUCUUCCUCCAAAGUGGAUUUUCUUCUCUUUAUCGGGGAAUCUUACGUUUUUUGGAGACUAUCGUGAAGCGGCCCUUAUUCCCCUUCCACCAUGUCAUUAUUCGGCGCUACCAACACAACCACUCCGGCCGGAGGGAAUCUUUUUGGGUCGAAUGCUCAGCAGCAACCAGCCGCAACGGGCGGAGGACUUUUUGGAGGCAAUUCCACCCAGACACAGACAGCCACUCCCUCAUUGUUCGGUUCUACCAAUACAGGUAGCAGCGCUUUCGGCCAAAAUACUGCCUCCAACACGAACACUGGCUCAUCGAUAUUUGGAAGUACCGCAACGCAACCACAGACGAACCAGAAUAGCGCGUUCGCUUUGAAACCCAGCGUGUUUGGUCAGACAGGAACUGGGACAACGGUAUCGCAACCGGCCCAAUCAACGAGCAGUUUCUUCUCGACACCACCAGCUGGGCAGCAGAACCAGCAGAAUCAGCAGGCUAAACCAAACUUAUUCAAUACAACGAACCCUUCAUUCGGUGGUACCAGCACGUCAACAGGGACGAAUCCACUGUUUGGAUCAUCCACUACGAGUCCCAAUACCAAUACUACCACCACUAACGCAAACCCUCUGUUUGGCUCAACAUCAACCAAUACAACCACCCAAAAUCCUCUUUUUGGUUCCACAACGAAUACCAACACUGUGAAUCCCAUGUUUGGCUCGUCGAGCACCACCUCAGCUCCCACAACUAAUACCAACAUCUUCGGUACUACCUCGACGUCGACUAACCCCAUGUUUGGCUCAUCUACAAACACGACUUUGGGCAAUAGCACCUUGGGCACAAGUGCACUUGGAGGAAGUACACUUGGAACCAAUGCAUUUGGUGCACGACCUCAGCUGCAGUCAACCCUAGGAGCCAACAGUCUCCUUAAAAGCACGGCCCCUGCUUCCCAGCAACAACUCGUCGACGCACAAACCCAAUUUGCCAAACUAUCACAAAAGAUAGAAUCGAUCGCCAACGCGUGGAACCCAAGCUCCCCCCAAUGUCGUUUCCAGCACUAUUUCUACAAUCUCGUCGAGCCCAAUCAAGUUAACAUGUACGGUCGUCCUCCGAACGCCACCAAUGACGCGUUGUGGCAAAAAGCCGUCCAAGAAAAUCCUGAUCCAUCUUGUCUUGUGCCGGUCAUUGCAAACGGUUUUGAUGAUCUACGGCAACGUGUAGAUGGCCAAUCAGAGCAAGCUACAGCGCACAAGGGAAACAUCAAGGAUCUACAAAAGCGCCUUGCCGAUCUCCAAACCCAGCAUUCUACCAACACCAUCUCGCGUCUUGCACGAUUCUCACAAACUCAAAUACAGCUCGCGCAGCGGAUAAUGGCGCUGGUACAGCACCUGCAUCUCCUUAUUCCGACUGUACGGUCAUCUGCGAUACGACCGGAGGAAGAAGAGUUAUUUGCCAAAAUAGAAUCAAUAGAGGAAGAAGUAAGGGGAGGGAAAGGAAAGAUGAAAGCUAAGCUUGACGAGUUGUGGGCGGUGUUCGGCGCUCUUAAAGCAAGAGAGGAAGGUAUUCGGGAGCGAAGGAACGCUGGCGACUGGAAGGUCGAUGAGGAAGGGCUGGCUAGGAUUGCUCAAAUCCUGUCAGAGCAACAGAAUGGUCUAGCAUAUCUCACCACGAUCUUGCAGAAGAAUCUGAAGGAUCUUGGCGUCAUCAUGGGGACGGGACCGACUAUUACUGCGGGUGAUGACUCGAUGGAAGGUGAAAAUUUAUGGACGUCAACUAGUACACUCAGAGCAAGCACACUGCGCUGAUUAUCUUCACUGUCGUUGCCU